CUGAAUGUCACCAGUGGGGCUCAGUUGUAGAAAUGGCAGCGCUCACACAGGAGCAUCGGUAUGGGCUCUCCUGUGGCCAAAUCAACAAAAACGCUCCGAACCAAACUCUGUACCACGUCAAACUGACUGACACCGCCAUCCGGACCCUGGAAGCCCACCAGAACCUGAAGGCAUCGCUAUCGAGUCAGCCAGCGAUUUGCUUCAAGGGGAGCCAGGGGUAUAUAAAGAUCCCAGCACCGACCCCAGAGUCUCCCGAUGGAUUGAGAGUCUUCUCCUUCUACCUGUCCAGCGACAGCAAAGACAAGCCUCAGUCCAGCUUUGACUGCAUUCACCAGUAUGUCUCGGGGGAGGGCAGGGAUCACCUGGAGGGCCAGGGCAGCAUUCAGGACAAGAUCACGGUGUGUGCCACAGAUGACUCCUACCAGACAACCAGGGAGCGCAUGUCUCAGGUGGAGAAGGACAUCUGGAGCCGCUCAGCAAUUGAGAUCAAACCGGGCCCAAGUAAGUGUGUGAAGGUCCAGAGGAAGCAGGGUCUAGUAUCGGGCUCAGAUUGCAGCAGCAAACACUCGCCCAACAACAAGAGGAGCCUGAUUCCCAGCCCUGUUGCGCACCGCCCCCUGAGGGACCGCAUCAUUCAUCUCCUGGCCUUAAAGCCCUACCGGAAACCUGAGCUGCUACUGUGGUUGGAGAGGGAGCGGGCCAGUCCAAAGGACAAGACUGACCUGACCUCCGUUCUAGAUGAGGUUGCUAAACUCAACCUGAAAGACCACAGCUACUCUCUGAAGGAUGAGCUGUACAGACACGUUCAGAGAGACUGGCCUGGAUAUCUAGAAGAAGAAAAGCAGCUCAUCCAUAGGCUCCUGAUCAGGAAACUCCAGCCAGUCCACAGUAGCCAGUUGAAGAGUCCUCAGUCCAACAGUUCAUUCCACAAAACACCUGGGGACUCUCCUUCACAACUCAGCCCUGCCAAGAAUCUCUCUGUGAAACGGCCAUUACCCUCAGACACAUCCAGCUGUCAAACCCCCAAAAAACAAAGACUAUUAGACCAGCAGCAGUCGCCCUCUCCUGGAGACUGCGGCACCAACGGUGCUCGUAGCGCCUCCAGUCACGGAAACUCUCGUAUCCCGGUCAAACUGGAGUUUGACAAAACCAGCAGUCGUCUCCACGGGAGCCCGAACGGCCUGCACUCGCCGCACAAAGCCAGCGUACCGUCCGCUGUCCCCAAACUGCAGAGGACAGAGCCGGCGCCGACCGCCCCCAGCCCCAAGCCCCCGCUCACCGACGCCUCCAUUUGCACAAACCAACAGCUCAACAAUGGCCAGCAUAAAAAGAAGAAGUCCAAAAAGCACAAAGACAAAGAACGCGAGCGCUUAAAACUGGACUGGAUCGAGACCAGUCCAGACCUGAAGCAGAAACAAGAAAACCUCAAAGACCACGAGGGAGAGAAAACACCUGUCAACAGAACGCCAGCGGAGGAACUGCCCGAUUAUUUAAUAAAAUACAGCACCGUAACAGCACUGGACCAGCGUCAACAGUACAAGGACGACUUCUGCGCAGAGUACGACGAAUACAGAGUUCUUCAUGACCGGAUUGGGGCAAUCACGGAGAUGUUUGUUCAGUUGGGGUCAAAGAUCAACACUCUCUCCCCGGGAACACAAGAGUACAAGCUCAUGGAGGAACAAAUACUACAGAAGUACCGAAAGUAUAAAAAAAAAUUCCCCGGCUACCGGGAAGAGAAGAAACGCUGCGAGUACCUCCAUCAGAAAUUGUCGCAUAUCAAAGGCCUGAUCACGGAUUACGACCGCGCACAGGGGUUGUUGUCGUAGUAACUGGCGUUGCACCCCCCCGUCAGGAGAGGGCUGUCAUGUGACUGGACCAAAAGGCUCCGAAAACAGACCCAAAGACUGUCCAGCAGGGUCCUGGAGUCGCCGAGACACUUUUCACUUUACUGCUCCUGAUAAUGGAUUCCAGGUCAGGAGUGAGGUUCUUCUUCAAAAGUGGGCUUAGACCACCGACUCGUGACCAGAUGUUGCCCUUUAACACUAUCUAUGGUUAUUAUUAUUAUUAUUAUUAUUAUUAUUUUGAAAUAUUAUUGCUGUCAUGGCUGGAUUUUUGUUCUGUUGUAAAAUGGUCACGUGACACAGUGAAAAGCCAAAACCGAUUUCUUUUUUUUUCCUCUCCUGAAAUGCAAAAGCAGAUGCGAUCCUUCUUGUCUAACUGUAUUUUUAUUUUAUCUUUUAUCUCAUCAGAGCUAAAAAAAAAAGAAGAAAAUAACAAUAAUAAUAAUGAUAAAAGUUCUGAUUUUUGAAAUAGUAUUAUGAAUUGAUGGUACAAUCGAUCUUACGGGAGGGAACAAAUGCGACGAAAGCAUUCAGAAGAGUUGGUUUGUGUAUUUGUCAUGUCGGGCUGCAACGAUUUUUCAAUGAAACGAUUAAUAAUUCUUCUUAAAUGUCAA